ACUAUGAACAACAUUGCACUAUCAAAUAGUAUUACUUACAAAUUAUCAGUUACUGGGUUAGUUUUUACAAACUCCCAGAAACCGACCAGCAGUACACAUAUUUGCACGAGUUGAACUUAACUUCGAUGGUCGAUCUCAAAUGAUGAUAAUAUUAGGACCAAAGACUCAGAGGUACUGCGAGACUUUUCUGCAGCAUUGCACGGAAAAAGAAGGACAAUUGGUGAUUGCAUCUGAAGACCUGAAGAAUGUGUUUCGAGGCAGUAAAUUGUAUCCCACCCCGACCCAAGUGUUAAAUAUAGUGCAUCAGGCUUACAAGAGUCAGAGUCCUAACCAUGCAGUCACCUUCGGUAGUUUUUGCGCGGGAAUGUACGAGUUCGAGUGUCGAUUGUCUCUGGCAAAACAGACUAGAGACAUUCCGAGUCCAGAAGAUGACUGGCAGAACCCGAUCUACUACCAGUCACAUUACAGUCCUCUUAAGAGCUCCAAAACCAUGCACUUCUCCAAGGAGUCCAAACAAGCGUCAUCACUUGACCGCGACGAAAUCUACGAAAGCGGCAGUCGCACAAUCAGUCGUCUAACUUCAUCCUGUCACAGUUCUCCUUUGUCAUCAACAAUGGAUAUAGUUUACAAUAAAUUGGGGUCACAGUCAAAAACCGCGACAACCGCCUCGCUCCAAAACUUCUUCAUCAAACCCCACGAAGUAUUUCUGGGAGGAGCGUGCAACCCGACCACGUGGCGAUGGGAGAUAGCGAUUCCAUACCUGAAGCAUAAUUUUACGACAUACUUCAAUCCGCAGAAAGAUAACUGGUCUCCGGAAAUGAUCGAGAGCGAGGAAAUAGCCAAACGCAGCGCUAAGUUGCUUCUUUUUGUUCUUGAUUGCCGAGAGACGAGAGGUAUUGUGUCGCUUAUAGAGGUUUGCCACUUGGCUGGGGCAAAGAAGCCGCUUCUGGUUGUACUCAUAGGCGAAAAAUAUACUGCCAACACAAAAAUCAACGGACAGACUCUAAAUAACGAAGAAAUAGAUGAUUUGAACAGAGGCUUAGUGUUGCUGAAUACUUUCAUAGACAAAAUGAUGGUGCCUGUUUUCGGUGAAAUGAAGUCAGCGCUGCAAGCCUGCUCGUACCUUCUGAAGUAUAACAAACACCCUUCUUGUCUGAACAGCUACUCUCAAAUUCCUGAUAUAAUGGUGGGAGAAUCACUUGGAGAAAUUAGGCGUUGCUUCAAUGAACUCGAUCUUCAAUCUCGCGGAUUUUUGAGCUUAGACGAAACUUGCUUGGCAUUGAAGCUUCUUUUCGGGCUACAUGCUGAGUUUCCAUCUCUUUUCUAUCAGAUUUUGAGGUCGCAUUUUCUGCAGCGAUCUGAAGAUGAAGACUCUCUUGAUGAUGUUCAAAUAAGUUUGGAUGAGUUUUCAGCUCUUGCGGUGGAAAUGUCGGAGUUCUUGACAUCGACGGAAAAUAGUCGUGGCUUCAAACAGAAGCGAAUUCGUCGAAAAGAAUCGAAUGGAAAUUCACCUAGACUCAGCAGUACUUAUUACACAUGGCUAUCAGCGGGAUUCCUCAAUCCAGUGCCAAAAGAAACUCGCAGUGAAAUGUCUGAUAUGCCUCCUCUUUUACUGUCUUCCCCUUUUCUCACAUCUUGUGCGCCGCUGAAAAAGGAUGUGUUUCUUGGCGGGAGCUGCAAUGGCUUAGAAUGGAGAGAGAAAAUUGCGAUUCCAUUUCUACUGGAGCACGGAAUCACGUACUACAACCCCCAGACACACCCAUGGGACUGCUCAAUGUUUGUUAAAGAAGAACUUCAGAAAAACGCCUGCACAGUUCUGUUCUACUUCAUAUCUUCCUCAUCUCGCUCCGUUGCCAGUAUGUGCGAGGCUGCCUUUUUUGUUGGACAGGGAAUCAAGAGCAUAGUGUUGUGUGUGGAACCGUUCUGCAGCACCUCAGGAGGAGGUGCAGAUUGUCUGGCUAAGGACUAUAAGCGAGGCAGAGCGUAUCUGACGGAUAUGGCCAACCAACUCCACAUUCCAGUUUACUCGAAAAUAGAAAAUGCUCUGAGUAAUUUACUUGAUAAGGUCAAAGGAACUUGGGUUUAGCAGUUAUAUAUAGCAAUAAACAGACCUGCACAGUGCAAAGCUUCGAUUUUUGAAGAAAUUUCAGUUGGACAUUAGAUUCAGUGUCAUCAUAUUAAGAAUCAUGACGACAGACUGAUCUCUAUAUUUUUCUAUCUCAGCUCGCGUAGAUCGUGAAAUCAGGGACUUGUUUAAAAUUAGUUCAAAACUUAUUUACAUAUUUGCAAUUACCUAUGCUCAAAUUAAUCUGUUUUUACUGUACAUACUUGGUAGUUUUAAUGAUGCCUAUUUAAUUUGAAAUUUUUAUUGCGCAAUCAAGUGUCAAUCA